GACGUAUCCGGUGGGGCAGCGGCCAGGGCUCGGCAGAAAGAAACCCAGCGAGGAUCUGGAAAACGGAACAAUCCGAAAAAUAUCCUCUGUCCCGAGUCGCCGUCGAAGGACUCGGUAGGAAGCCGUUGUUUCUAUCCAAAGGUUAGAGGUCACGGAGCAGGGUGGUCGCCAUGGCGUCGGGCAGCACAAGCAGUGAGGAGGAACGGAGCCUGAGGGAAUGUGAGCAGUAUGUGCAGAAACACAACAUCCAGCAGCUGCUGAAGGACUGCAUUGUCCAGCUGUGCACCUCCAGGCCGGACAGGCCCAUGGCCUUCCUCCGAGAGUACUUUGAGAGGCUGGAGAAGGAAGAGGCCAAACAGAUUCAGAACCAGCAGAAGGCCAGCAGUUCCCGGUCAGACUCACGGGAAGAGGAAGUCUCUCCUCCCAUGAACCCCGUGGUGAAGGGUCGCCGGAGGAGAGGAGCCUUCAGCGCAGAGGUCUACACAGAGGAGGACGCAGCAUCCUAUGUCAGAAAGGUCAUUCCUAAAGACUACAAGACGAUGGCAGCCCUGGCCAAAGCCAUUGAAAAGAAUGUUCUCUUCUCACACCUGGACGACAACGAGAGGAGUGACAUAUUUGAUGCGAUGUUCCCGGUUACCUACAUUGCUGGGGAGACCGUUAUUCUCCAGGGUGACGAAGGAGACAAUUUCUACGUCAUUGACCAGGGAGAGAUGGAUGUGUACGUCAACAACGAGUGGGUAACCAGCAUCGGGGAAGGAGGGAGUUUUGGAGAGCUGGCUCUGAUCUACGGGACGCCCAGAGCCGCCACCGUCAGAGCCAAGACCAAUGUCAAGCUCUGGGGUAUCGACAGAGACAGCUACCGCAGAAUACUCAUGGGAAGCACUCUGAGGAAGAGGAAGAUGUAUGAGGAAUUCCUCAGGAAAGUGUCCAUCCUAGAGUCUCUGGACAAAUGGGAGCGUCUGACGGUGGCAGAUGCCUUGGAGCCAGUCCAGUUUGAAGACGGACAGAAGAUUGUAGUGCAAGGAGAGCCUGGUGAUGAAUUCUUCAUCAUCCUGGAGGGUUCUGCGGCAGUAUUGCAGCGUCGCUCUGAAAAUGAGGAGUUUGUGGAGGUGGGGAGGUUAGGACCAUCCGACUACUUUGGUGAAAUAGCUCUGCUGAUGAACCGUCCCCGUGCUGCCACUGUGGUUGCCCGCGGGCCUCUGAAGUGCGUCAAGCUGGACCGGCCUCGGUUUGAGCGCGUCCUGGGUCCAUGCUCAGACAUCCUCAAACGCAACAUCCAACAGUACAACAGCUUCGUCUCGCUGUCCGUCUGAGGGGGGAGAAGGGGGCGAGCUCCUCUGUGCCACCACCUGCAUUCACCCCCCACCCACAAUCCCCUCUUCACUUUUUAGACCCAGGGUCCACCAAUGCAUUUCGCUUCAUGUCACCUUCUUCUAAUACGUGUUUUCUUUUGCCACCCCCUAAUUAUAGAUUUUCCUUGCACAUUCACUUCCUUUCGCUUCUGUUUUCCUUGAGUUUAGUUUUGAUCCUUGCUGUCAGUCGCUCAGUGGUGACUUGGAGCCAUCCACCAGCGCUUUACCAGCUGCUGCACGGUACCUCCCAGGCACAGCUACCCUCCAUGUUAUCUGAUUCAUAAAUGGAUUGGCUGAGUCUGCACUUUCAUUCGUAGACUCUUGUUUAACUGCAGGUUAUUUGGGGGUCUGACAGACAGACAGAAGGUCGGUUUCCCACACAGAUGAGAUAGGACAAUCAGAAGCAACGCGGUCAGGUGGACGCUCUCAGUGUAGGCGCCACGUUUAUGUUUAUUCACACACAACCCUUCACCCUAACUAAACAGCUUCUGGUUGAGACCAUAGAUCAGAAUGUUAGAAAUCUAACAGCAGAACCAAGAUUCUGGAGAAAGACCGUGAGCAGAUGACCGCGUCUCAUUUGGGCUUCUGUUCAUGAGUUUAGAAGAUGGUGUGAUCGCUGGCUGCACUUCAUCAUUGAUGGUUGGCUGCCGCUGAUUGGCUUGACAGUUCAGUUGACCCGUUUCUGCUGGUGAGAGAGCCCGUACAGCUUGUUAGUGUUGUAGUUACCAGGCUGGUGCCAAAUGUCGACUAUUGUCCCACCACAUACAUGCGUUGCCGUGGAAAUGCAAGCGUGGAACUUAAAGCAGGAAGUAGUUUCUUUCACAUUGUCUUCUGAUUGGUAGAAUCAUUGACAUACAAGAGCUGCCUUGAUUACUGAGGGAUGAGAGUAGAAAUAAGCAUAUGGAGUGUAUUUCAGUAUUCACACUUGUCAGUACACACCAGAUAACUUCAGUGCUCUUCUGGUUGUUAUGAUGUAGUUAAAUGAUCUCAGUUCUGUCUCAUCAUAGAGCAGUGAAGUCACAUGAUGCUUUCUGGUUGUCAUGGUGUAGUUAAAUGAUCUCAGUUCUGUCUCAUCAUAGACCAGUGAAGUCACAUGAUGGCUGUGGUUUGGAGUGACGGUGUUCUUUAAAAGGUAUGUUUAAAUGUCUUUUGUAAACGCUUAUUUUUCCAUACAUUCUAUUUUAGCUGUCCAGUGCCACAACAUAAAGAAAUGCUUCUUGUCAACUGACAAACCCAUAGGAAGCCGUCUCGUGUGAAACCUCAUAGGUUAAACAUUUUUCUUGUUUUUCUUUUCUUUUUUGAAAUAGCUCACAUGGGUAAUUCCACAUUAUUGAAGUCAAACCUUGAAAGGUGUUUUUACUGAUUCAGGGCUUUCGAGUAUUUCUGUAUAUAAGCCUCUUAAGUGCAACUGUCUGUUGAGAGAAUCCAUCCGGCCGAGAGGCAGAAGAUAUUUAUUUAAAAGCUGUCCUUGCUUCUGCCUGUUGAGAAGCUGAUGUCUUCUCAUCAUGGCGGCUUGUACUCCGUUGUUCACCGGCGGUGGGCUGCUGUGAACGGAAGCAUUUCUAGAAUAUGAAGAAAAAGUCCCUGCAGACGCUCUAGACGCAGGGCCUGUCAGUUAUUUGUUUAUGGAUCCCUCGCUUAGCUGCUUGAUAACUAUUUAGAUAAAUGUAAUUCUGUCCAUUAUUAUUACUAUUUGCAUUUUCAUUAACUCACACAGAAAUGUUGACUUCUGGGUUCUAGGCUUGACUCUUCAUUCCUUCCUCACUGCUUGUCACUCUUAAACAGCGAUUACCCAUAGAGAGCAUCUUAUUUCCUGUUUGUGUUUUCCAGUCUGUCGCACUGUGUGUGUCUCGAGCUGGUGUGUGAGCUGGACGAGUGACGUGAUUUCUGUGUGCAUGGAUGGAUUGGACAUGUGGAUAAAAACAGGUUUUUGGGGCUGAUUGCAGUGUGCUGGGUUCAGAAUGAAAAAAAAAAGUCAACAUGCUUUUCAUUAAUAGAACAUCUCCCCGUCCUAACCCGCAGGAAAUACUUGUUGAUUUUGGUUUGGAUUUGUGGCACCAGCCUUGUUGUGUAUGGGAACACAUCCUCUGUGCCCUGAUCUAUAGGAAAUAACACAGGUCGGGGUUGAGGUGUGACACACUUUGUUUUUUCUGGAGAGAGGAUCAGCGUCAUUGUCUUAAGUUUGUAGUCACACUGCAGUCGUCCCAGUUUGCCUUAGCGAAUCUUCCCUGGGCCCUCAGGAGCCAUGGCCGCUCCGUCAGCCCGAAUCUCAGCAAGUUUGUUUGGCCUGCAGGCCAUCAGAGGACCAUUCAUUUUCUAUUCUGCCCUACAACUGUAUUCAGUUUGACCUCCUGUGUGUGCAAAGAUGUUUAUCCUUUUGGUAUAGAUUGUUCCAGAUGGCAGUUUAAGCAAUAAAAAUGUAAAAAAGAG